UCUCGCGCGCUAACUCUUGAACUGCGUAUUUAACAUAUUUAUUUUAAUUUGGCGCCCUAAAUCUACAGAUACCCAGUGCAUCAUGGCGGAGUUCUGCAAUGAACUGAUGGAGUGUUUCACGAGUGGAUAUCAAGCAAUCACAGAUCUCGAGUAUAAAGAAAACAUGUCGUAUGAUGAGAUCGAAGCGGACAUUGAAGAGAUGAAUACAAAAUGGUCAACGCUGGAGGAAGAGACCCAGGCAAAAAUAAAAGAAACUAUAGAGUAUUUUAGCCCUUUUCGAGAAAAUGAACCGGAAGAGAGCAAAUUUGACACAAUUAAGGAAAGAACCUCGCAGCUAAAAGAGGAGUAUCUAGCUCUUUUGACAAGGCACACAGAGCUUGAAGGCUUCGUUAAAGUGGAUCCAAAAAUAGUGGAAAGGCAGUACAACUACAGCAAGACAAUGAAAGACCAAAUCAUGACACAUGGAAGAAACGCCCUGGUCGCUGCCAUUCUUCUCGGAAUGAUUCUUGGCGGAAUAAUAGCAUGGAGGACCUGCAAAAAACAAACUAUUCCCAUUGUGCUUGGAGUUUUAAUCGGAGGAGGAACUGCAGUCACCAUUGGUGGGCUACCUUAUCUCGUUUUGACAAGUGUGGCAAGAAGAGGAGUAUAUAGAUGGGAAAGUCUACAAGAACGGAUAUCGAAGCUUAAAGCCCUGGAUAAGAUCAUAGAUAAGAAGGGCGAGGAUUUGUAUCCUGUUGCUCACAUACUGCUGGAUAGAAUUAUAAACAAGCGUACUAGUGUAAGGGAUGGAUCAGAGGCACUGAUUGAACAGUGCCAGGAAUACCAAGGAACAUCGUCUUAACAGACGUGUUUAAAAGAAACAUUAAUAUCACUGAACUCUUCCUACCCCUCCAAAUUUUGGGUCUAAACCUAAGUAGCGGGAAGGAGAGUUUAAACAGAACUGCCCAUAGGGCAUGGAAGGGAGAAAUUCUGGUCUUAACUACACAGAAAAGUGUAUAAGGUCUUGUGUUACACUACCCUAUAUUUCCCUUUAUAAUAAUACAUGUACAUGCCUGAAAAGACGGUAUUUUUUAUACGUGGCAUGUUUUACGUUUGUGGUUCUCGGUAUAGCGGGCUGGCACUUCCCAUAGCCUGUUCCAGGUGUUUAUUUUCGCCUUUUCUCACAAUCUGAGAAACUGGAACAGGAGAAUCUUCCUGAAACUCAGGAACAGACUCAUUUCCAGUUCUCCACCAACGCUUCGCGAUUCGUGCUCAUUCUUAGCUCUUCCACGCCAUUUUGGCUUUCUCGUAGCGUUUAUGAGAUUGCCUGCAGUGCAUGUGAGAUAAGCAUUCUCUGAUUUUUCUUUCCGUGGUCGCUUCAUAUUAUUGCAUUUUAUUCUUGAUGGACAAAGAGAAGUAGUGUAAAGUGAAAGUAUUUUAAUCGUAUACAUGCCACAAAGUACGAUACACCACUCUACAAUCAGCGUGAAGAGGACUGAAGAGAAGCGUACAUACUCAGCAGCCGUCUAGGUUUUUUGAGACGGCCGCGUUAAAUAUUGCAGUCGUUAAUUGUAACCAUUAGGUAAUCUGGUAUAAAGAACUGUUUUUACUCAUUAAUUACAGUUUGUCAUAAAAAAUAUUUUUAUCCCUAAUAUAUUUAUGGAAACAUUCACUUUCAAAAAAUUACGAAAUUUUUCAUCGUAUUAAACGCUAAAAUUUACCACCAAAAAUUAAACAUGAAAGUCUUCUAGCAUACGUGUUAUGGUUUGCAAGCAUACAUUCCUAAACAUUACAUGAUUCCUUUCGAUAUAUAAUCAAUCGAAAGCGGUCUUAAGUCAUUCUUUAUGGUCUUUAUGUUCCUUGCUCAUGAUAAGCAAUUCGUAUAGGCUUUUAUAACGAAAGCGCCGGUGUAGUCCAAAUGGUUAAAAAGAUCCGUCGAUAAUCAAAAAGUAAAAAAAAAAAAAAAAUCAAAUGCAACAGACGAACCUGUUUACAGUCAAAAGUUACUUUGACCACUGUAACUUUGUGUGGGAUAGCGUUGGGGAAACUUAAUCUCCUGUCCUUAAUAUCAGCUAAGCUUCAAAGAUUAGAAAGCGGGGCUGACGGUAGUGCUAGGACGCACGACCUAGCUAUUUGUCGAUGGUUCAACGUUU